AAAAACAAUCAUUGUAUUAUUAUAUGCCUUCUUCUAUGCAAUUAGAGGCAUGUAUUUAAAGGUUUUAAGAUGUACAACAUUGGAGAUAUAUUGCAGAUAUAUUUAUAAUUAAGUGCUCUAGAGAAAUUCCAGCGAAAAAUUGUAAAGUAUUUUGCAGUAUCUAUAGAAGAUUUAAUAUGAGAUAACAUUAAAAAUUACAUUAAUAUAUAUUGCAGAUAAAAUGAUAACAUUGCUCAAUAUUAUCACACGCAUAUUUACGUCAUUCAAUAUGAUACUGUGCCUUUGCUCAGUAAACAAAAAAAAUAUAUUACAGAUAGUACAUUAUGAAAAAGUCUGAUUAAUAAAUGCAACUGACUUUAUAAUACUAUUUUCUAUUUUUUUUUAUAAUUGGAUAUCAAAAUGAAUUCCAGCGUCUUUUGAAAAAAAACGUUAAAUAUGUAAUAUGUGAAAUAUUGCGCUUUGUAAUAAAAAAAAUAGAUAUUGUAUGCGAUAUUAAAGUAUACUUAGUAAUGAUAACAGCAGAAAAUUGAUAUCAUUGGACACAAAUAGAACACAUACAAGCAUUGUAAACAACUUUACUGCUAGUACUAACAAGUAUAUCGUGUCUCAUACGCGUACGAGAAAUCGGUCAAUAAUUCUCGGCAGUCGAAGAUAAUUGUAAAAUAGUGGUAUAGUUUAUUCUAUAUUCAAACUUUAAUUUGUAGCUACUUUUAUUAAUUCACAGUCUGAAAAAGCGGAAUGAAAGUAGCUAUCGUUGGUGGUGGAGUCGUCGGAUUAACGACGGCCAUAAUUGCGCAAAAUGGAUCUUUUCGUAAUGCUAAUAUAACAAUAUUGGCUUCGGAUUAUGAUAAUAUUGUCAGUCAUGUAGCUGCGGGAAUUUUUAGAGUUGGUGCCUCAUUCAGUAGCUCUAAUGAGGAAAAAGUAACGAAAAAAUGGGUUGAAAAUUCUUACGAAUUUUAUGACAACAUUCGGAAAUCCGAUUGUGCUUCUUAUGCUGGAGUGACUGAUAUUUCUGGAUAUAUAUUCGCUAAUUCAUCUCCACAUACUGUUCAGAAUCAUUGGCUUGAAAGUAUAGUUCCGGUAUACAGAAGAGCGACAGAGGAGGAAUUUCAAUUAGUUAAUGGCAAUUGGAAAUAUGGAUCAUUUUUCUCGACUCUUCUUACACAAAGCACUUUGUAUCUUCCAUGGAUUAAGCAAAAAUUGCUAGCAAACGGAGUUACUUUUAAACAAAAGGAACUAAAUUCCCUCAAGGAAUUAACUGGCGAAUUUGACAUCGUAAUAAAUUGCACUGGACUUGGAGCGCGUAAAUUAUGCGACGAUAGACGUCUUGUUUCUAUUCGUGGUCAAGUGCUCAAAGUAAAGGCUCCGUGGAUUAAAACUUUCUUUUACGGCGAGCUCGACACCUAUAUUAUUCCAGGUUUCCAUGGCAUGGUUACUUUAGGUGGAUCGAGAGGCUUCGAUUCCGAAAAUAUGAAACUAUGUCCAUAUGAAUCUGCAGCGAUUCGUGAAAGAUGCGAAACAUUGGUUCCAUCUGUAAAAGAUGCAGAACUUUUGCGACAAGAAGUUGGUCUGCGACCACAUAGGGAAGGCGGUGCUAGAAUUGGAGAGGGAAAUAUCGUUCACAGUGAUUGCUCUAAUAAAACUAUAAUCGUACACAAUUAUGGACAUGGUGGUUAUGGAGUUUGUAUGGCACCAGGAACUGCUAUAGCAACCCUCGACACGGUCGUUGAUCUUCAUAAAGUUACCUACUCCAAAAUAUAAUUGCUAAAUAAAAUACUUUUUCCUGUUUUAUAUAUAUGUUCAGAAAAAUAUGCUUCUCUAUCUGCAAAUGGAUACAUUCUUUAUUAACGAAUUUACAUACGAAAGUUAGGUUUUGGUCUAAUACUGUGAGAGGUAUUGUUUACUGAAAUGCACUUAUAGUCAAAAUUUCUGAAGAAUUGUUAUCAAAUGUGAGAUACAUAUUUUCAUU